GAUUUGAAUUCGUUUUUUGAACCAUAGCUCACUUUCGAUAUCUUUUCAUUUUUCUCGAUUGAGAAUUCCUUUGAUUCCUACAACGUAAAAGAAAGGAAAGAGCUGAGAAGAGGCGUAUCAAGCACCUUCUGCAAUUUGUGCUGGAUUUCCACAUGGGUGUCAAAACAGCGACUUAUGAGCUGGAUCCUCAUCCUGGGGAAAAGGGCAAGUAGGGUGGGUGUGGAAGUGAGAUUAUGUGGAUUGACAAUCAUCAUGAGCAAGUUGCCUAAUGAUUUCGACAUUUUCACAGGUUGAGCUCGUUAAAGUUCUUCCAGUGAAGUUCUUCCACUCUUGAAGCAAACGUGCCUCGCAGAACACCUUGAGCGUCCCAUUGCAGCAUCGCUGUAUGUUAAACGCAUGUCGUGUCAAACAUCUAUGUGGCAGAUUUGCCCAGUUACGUGCAGAAUUUGACAUUUGCUCUUUGUUUUAACUUGCUGUCCAUGAUGAAAUUGCCGACGCGAUGACGCAUGUUGUCCGAAUAGCACCAGUUGGCACCAUUAGUCUCGAAACCUUUCGAUACCACCUCAUAUGUACUAUGAGAGAGGAACAAACAGAUGGAAGGAGAGAGUGCAGGAGAGAGGAAAUGACCGGGAAAGAGACAUACGCAUAGAAAUAAAUGAAGUGAUAGAGAGAACUGGGGUGGGUGAUAGAGAGAGAGAGAGCUUGAGUGAGAAAACAGAUGUGAAGAGAACUGGAGUGAGGAUGGAAAAACAGAUCCAGAAAAAAAAAAAAGAGUGAAGGUAUUGGUGCAAGGAGAUGGACAGUAAUCAUGAGGGAGAGAACCUGGGUGGACAGAGACAUCUGCAGAGAGAAAGAGGGAGAAAGAAUUGGGCUGGAGGGGUGGAUCGAGGAAGAAGAGAGUAGUCGGGUGCAGAGGCAGAGAGAUGGCACUAAGAGGGUUCUGGAGAGAUGAAGAAGGUGUAUGUUGGAAACAGAAGAGGGAGUAGGGGUGUGACAGAGUGAAGAGAACAAAGAAGUAGGGUGGAGAGAGAUGGUUGCAAAUAGAGGAGAGAGAGAGAAUGAUGGACAGAGUUGAAGAGAGCAAGAAGUGGGGGUUGAGGGGAGAGAUUUAAAUCCCAAAAAAGAACUGGGAUUAACAGAGAAAGCAGAAGAGACUGAUAUUUUCAUAUUGUGUUGAGAAAAAGAGAGCGAGAACAAGGGGGAAAAACACAUGAUAGUCUGAACCAACCAUCAAGAGCUUAACUUAACCCAGACAAAAUUCCAGAACGUCGGAUGCAGGCCAGUAUCAUCAGCAAUGACCCAAGGAAGCUAAAUAAAAUUCACAGUCCCAGAGAAACAAGGCUGAUUAAACUGGCUGCAUUUGCAACACCAGGCCAAGCAAGAUGGAGCACCGUCCAUUGGUAAAUGCCAAGGAACUGAAACCUUCCAGAAGCAAAAGAAGAAGGAAUAGAAAGGAUAAAGUUUGGACCAUGUUUGACAACUCCACCGUUUGUCCCAUGCUGCCUUAGGCACAUUUUAUUGCUCCUGUAUUCAGUCCAGCCUUCAAGCUAACCACCCCAUGUGCUGGUGUCAACAGAACAAGUAUCGUCUGAGAAGAUAUUGGUGGACAGACACUUGCCAAUCCUCAAGAUUUGGGGCAAGUAUAGCUUUUUGUUGAAUUGUUAGUGAUGGUACAGUGGGUAGUUCUGCCACUCAGAUCAUCCGACUGAAUUAAAUGAAAAAGAAUUUGAGGAACAAAGACUAUGGUUGGUAACAUGAACACACAGGCUAUGCUCGUACAUUGCUUGGUGAAGCAGCUGCCAAGUGUUCUGGUAUGUUUGUGAAAAUAAUCCCAGCCAUUGAAAGGACUUUCCAUAAUGAGAACUUUCUUGUCAGUGGAUGUACCAUGACCACUCCAUGGGUCACCCUAAGCAGCUCCAUGGUCAGGUGUAGAGUAAAAUCUAGUACAAUUCAGAACAUGUUUUCACCCAUUGCUCCAUUCAGUCUCCCCAAUCAAGGUUUUUUUUCUCUCUCUCAACAAGGGGAUUGUGAACAGGUGUGUAAAAGGACCGAAGACAUGACUGUCCCCUGCUGGCGGAUUUAUUUUUAUGCAUGAUGUACAGCUAAAUCUGAAUUCUUCAACCAGAAGAAGAAUGAGUGUGUGAAGGCACCGAUAACAAGCUCAGCACCCUAUCAGACCAGGACCAGCACUACUACACGCUACGCAAGUUCUACGAGAACUGUGAGGUGGUGAUGGGAAACUUGGAGAUCACCAGCAUCAUGCGGAACCGCAACCUAAACUUUCUCAAGUCGAUCCGUGAGGUGACCGGUUACGUCCUGGUGGCGCUGAACCAGUUUGACUAUCUGCCUCUGGAGAAUCUACGCAUCAUCCGCGGUGCCAAACUGUAUGAAGGCCGUUACGCCCUCGCCAUCUUUCUCAACUACAGGAAAGAUGAAUUAUUUGGGCUACGGCAGCUCGGACUCAACAACCUCACCGAGAUCCUGAAUGGUGGCGUGUAUGUGGAUCAGAACAAGUUUCUGUGCCACACGGACACCAUCCACUGGCAGGACAUCAUGAGGAACCCUCGGGCUGAGCUGUUGGUGGUGCCGUCUAACAACAGCGGCUAUUCAUGCAGACGUUGUCAUCGCUACUGUAAUGGACGAUGUUGGGGACCGCAAGAGGAUCAGUGCCAGAUCCUAACAAAGACGGUGUGCGCUGAUCAGUGUGACAGUCGCUGUUUCAGUCCGUACGUCAGCGACUGCUGUCACCGCGAGUGCGCCGGAGGCUGUUCGGGACCCAAACACACCGACUGCUUCGCUUGUACAAACUUUAAUGACAGCGGCGCUUGUGUGACUCAGUGUCCUCAGCCUUUCAUCUACAAUUCCAAAUCUUCUCAGCUGGAGCACAACCCCAACACCAAAUACGCAUACGGAGCAUUCUGUGUCAAGAAAUGCCCCUAUAACUUUGUGGUGGAUCACAGUUCUUGUGUUCGUGCCUGCCCGAGUAACAAGAUGGAAGUGGAGGAGAACCAUGUCAGGACGUGUGUCCCCUGUACCGACAUCUGCCCUAAAGUGUGUGAUGGAAUAGGGACGGGCGCUUUGCACACGGCUCAGACGAUCGACUCGAGCAACAUCGACCAGUUCAUCAACUGCACCAAAAUCAACGGCAACCUCAUUUUCCUCGUCACCGGAAUCAAAGGGGACAUGUACCACGGCACCGCAGCGCUUGACCCUGAGCGUCUGAACGUUUUCCGCACGGUGCGAGAGAUCACAGGGUUCUUAAAUAUCCAGUCCUGGCCCGAGAACAUGACGGAUUUCAGUGUAUUUUCUAACCUUGCUACGAUCGGGGGGAGGACCCUUUAUAGUGGUAUAUCUCUCCUGAUCCUGAAGCAGCGCUGGAUCACAUCACUGGGCUUCCAGUCUCUGCUGGAGAUCAGCGCCGGGAACAUCUACAUCAGCAACAACAGCCAGCUGUGUUUCUAUCACACGCUCAACUGGACGAGGUUUUUCCGCUCGGCGGGUCAGAGAGCGCUGCUGAACAACAACAAGGAGGCGCAACAGUGCGUCACAGAGCAACAUGUGUGUGAUAAGCUGUGUUCAGAAGCAGGAUGUUGGGGUCCCGGUCCUGACCAGUGUGUAUCCUGUAGGCACUACAGCCGUGGGAGGACGUGUGUAAAGUCUUGCAACCUCUACCACGGAGAUGUUCGUGAGUUCAUCAACGGGUCAACUUGCAUGGAAUGUGACAGCCAGUGCCAGAAAACUGGAGAUAAAACCCUGACAUGCCACGGACCAGGUCCGGAUCACUGUAUGAAGUGCGUUCAUCUUAAAGACGGCCCUAACUGUGUGGAGAAAUGUCCUAAUGGCCUACAGGGAGCUGACAGCUUUAUCUUCAAAUACGCGGAAGCCAACAACGAAUGCCGACCCUGCCACCCCAACUGCACCCAGGGGUGCACUGGGUCCCACAUCCAGGAGUGCAUUGGAUUUCUGGACAGUACUCCUUUGAUUAUAGCUGGAAUGAUAGUUGGUGUAUUUUUGGUAGUCAUCAUUGCCCUCGGGUUAGCAAUUUUUAUCAGACGCCAGAGAAUCAAAAAGAAAAGAGCUCUGCGUCGCUUCCUGGACACCGAGCUUCUGGAGCCUCUUACAACCAGUGGAACUGGAAUAAAUCAGGUUCAGCUGCGAUUACUGAAAGAAACUGAACUCAAGAGGGUUAAAAUCCUUGGAUCCGGAACCUUCAGUACGGUCUACAAGGGCAUCUGGAUACCCGAAGGGGAAAGUGUGAAAAUCCCAGUAGCAGUAAAAGUCCUCAGCGAAACGACAGGACCGAAAGCCAACGCAAAGUUUAUGGAUAUGGUACUGUUGAUGUCCAGCCUGGAUCACCCCCAUGUGGUUAGACUGCUGGGGGUGUGUAUGAGCCCGAGUGUACAUCUAGUGAGCCAGCUUAUGCCUCAUGGUUGCAUGUUGGACUACCUUCAUGAGCACAAGGACAAUAUCGGCUCACAGCUACUGCUCAACUGGUGUGUGCAGAUUGCUAAGGGCAUGAUGUACUUGGAGGAGAGGCGACUGGUCCACAGAAACUUGGCUGCUCGUAAUAUUUUGGUGAAAUCUUCCAACCACAUAAAGAUCACUGACUUUGGUCUCGCACACCUUCUGGAUGCUGAUGAAAAGCAGCACAAUGGAGACGGAAACAAGUGGAUAGCACUGGAGUGCAUUCACUAUAGAAAAUUUACACACCAGAGCGACGUCUGGAGCUACGGGGUGACUAUCUGGGAGCUGAUGACAUUUGGAGGAAAGCCAUAUGAUGGGAUUCCAGCUUGUGAAAUCCCCAAUAUCCUGGAGAAAGGAGAACGUCUGCCUCAACCCCCUAUAUGCACCAUCGAUGUCUACAUUGUCAUGGUUAAAUGCUGGAUGAUCGAUGCUGACAAUCGGCCCGGGUUUAAAGAUCUCGCCGUGGAAUUCUGCAGGAUGGCGAGAGACCCUCAGAGAUACUUAGUCAUCCAGGGGGAUGACUGCAUGAAGCUGCCCAGUCCUAACCACAGCAAAUUCCAGAGUGUUCUAGAAGAAGAGGAUUGGGGAGAUCUUUUGGAUGUUGAGCAAUUUUUGGGACCUCAAACCUGCUCUUCAAGGAUACAAGACCAUUUAAGGAAUCAUGAUGGACCUCAUAGCUCAAAGGAAGCAGAAGGGGGACAUUCCCAGGUAUCAUUUGUUCCAACUGGAAUCCAGCAGGUUGCUCUUAGUUCACAGAAUAGUGAAAGAAAUGUGAAGAAGCAGCCCAGUGCUGGAUUUGUGGAGGGAGGCAGCAGCAGCCAGUCGUACAGUGCAGAUCCUACGAACCUCCUGCCAGAGAGAACACAGCGGGGAAAAUCUGAUGAGGACGGAUAUGUGGCGCUCAGAAAGGACAACAGCUCAUCAGAUCAUCAGAAUGCUGUUGAAGAGAACCCUUUUGUUACCCUAAGGAAAAUUGUGGAAAUUCAGGCCCUGGACAACCCAGCAUAUCACAGCACAAUUGAUGGACCUUCAAAGAUUGAGGAGAAGUACAAUAAUGAACCUGUUUAUCUCAAUACUUUCCACAACAAAGGCAAUAUUAACAAAGCGAUUCUGAAGAAAAGUGACGUUUCUGCCACGUUACAACUCACAACAGCAGCCAGCACGACUAUCAGUCAUGUACCACUAACUGCGCAGGCAAAAGAAGGAAGAUCCCACUACAACAGCCAAGGAGCACAUGUUCAUUUCUCAAUUCCACCAGUUCAUCAUUCUCAAAGUGAACAAAUGAGUCACAAUGUCCAUCAUCCCCAUUCUUAUAGUUUCCGUGUAAAUCCCAGCAAAUCCGUAUCGUCAAAUCAAACUUGCCUUGUAAACCACCAAGUCCAGCCUGGUCCUGUAGAUCCACUUGUCCAUAUGUCUGUAGCUGCUGGUAAAAGUGGGCUCUCGGGCCAUCCGAUCCACUCAGGCAACAUUGCCCAACCAAAUCAUCCCGGAAAGAUCCUGGUAGACAAAAAGUACUGGAAGACUUUUGACAACUCUGAUUAUUGGCAACAUAGUCUUCCUCUCAAAGUGUCCCAAGGGAACCUACAUAGCUCAUCACAGAGCUGCCAUUCAAGCCUCUAUAGACAAAGUCUGAAGCAGAAUGGUUGUAUCCGGUCAAGUGUGACCAAGAAUCCAGAGUAUAUUCCGGAAUCUGAAGCCAUGAGGCCAGGAACAAGUUUGCCUCCACCACCAUACCGCCAGAGAAACACUGUCGUGUAACCGCAUCCAUGUUCUCCAGAGCCUGAUUCCAUGACCAGCAGGCCAUAUUUUUUCCACUCAUUUCUGAAUGAUACUGUUACUGAUUUCUGAACUUUUUGAUAUUCAAUAUUCACAAUACCAAUUCAGUCAGGUAUCAUUCCAAGAGUACUGCCUUCCUUCCAGCCAAUCUUACUAAGUUAGUGUUUAGUGGUCUUGUCUAGCUUAAUGAUUCUUCAUAUGUGAUGUUAAUUAUAACACAGUACAGCUAACAAAAAGGUAUGAAACUGGAUGCCCUUUGCCAAGAAACAUUCUAUAUUCAUAUUUAUUUAUAUAUAUGGUGGCAAUGACCAAUGGAAAAGCAUGUUUCAGAGCAAAAGAUAUGGAUAUUAGCCCAAUGUGAGAAUUUUUCAUUUACUCUCUGUGAGAGUGUGUCCAAUGUGCCAUAUUGACUGAUUUAUGGAUGGUAAUUUUUUUUUCUUUUUUCAUAUUAAAAUGCUCUUCUUGCA